AUUUACCUUGUAAUUAGGAUUAUCAAGUCAAGGAGGAUGAGAUAGGCAGGGCACGUAGUACGCAUAUAUAGAAUGAAGAGACCACUAGGAAGAACUAGACGUAGGUGGGAGGGUGUUAACGUGUAUCCUAGAGAAACUGGGUGUGCUGACAUGGACUGGAUUAAUCUGGCUCAGGAUGGGGACCAGUAAUGAACCUUUGGGUUGCAUAAAAUGUUGGGAAGGUCUUGAGUAGCUGAGCAACUGGCGGCUUCACUACAACCACUCAGGCCCCAUGGCACAGGCUACACGGAAGCUCUCCAGCACGGUAAUGAGAAUCACAUGCUGACAGUAGUUGCAGGAAUUGUUCAGAGAUGGCGCUGGCUGCCGGUAAAUUUAGUCUCUGCUGAAGGUCAGUGGGUCGCCGAUGAAUGGACUCCACUUCCUGAUGCCUGAGGCAGUUGCCGUAACGGAGUGGGAGGACAAACGAGUGUUGAGUGCCGAGAGGCCUGUGAGGACGUCGGGACUGGGGGCGUGCGAACUGCAAUAAACGUCACAAAACUGGUUGUCAGGUCUUAUACCUCGUAGCUCCACCAUCUCCGUGCUACAUGUCCAGCCCGUGAUCCUCCGCGUCUCAGAUUCUGUUGUAUUUGACGCACAACAACCAAGCUGCUUCACAGAAAUAAUCAUCAUCUCCUCCCGCGUGGAUCGAGGGACCAGCGCAGUUCGAGGUCUCCCGUUGCCGGCGACUCUCUGCAUCUUCUUUACCGGUAUUUGGGAGGAUUCCUUCCAUGGGAGAUCGGUCCAUCGCGAGCCCUCUACCGGUACACAUGGCUACCGCCAGGAUUACUUCCAGGGGCAUCCUAUGGAGGGAGACGGGAUGUGACGGAUAUGGGCGCCAACAUGGGCAAGAACUCGUCCCUUUUGGACGCCUUGCCGUCCACCCAGGCGACGCUACACGUCGUGAUGCUGGGACUGGACAGCGCGGGGAAAACCACAGCCCUGUACCGCCUCAAGUUCGAUCAGUACCUCAACACAGUGCCCACUAUCGGCUUCAACUGCGAGAAAGUGAAGGGGACGACUGGACGUGCCAAAGGAAUCAACUUCCUGGUGUGGGACGUCGGCGGGCAGGAGAAGCUGCGACCACUGUGGAAGAGUUACACUCGGUGCACGGACGGAAUCGUGUUUGUGCUGGACAGCGUCGACAUCGAGCGAAUGGAAGAAGCGAAGAUGGAGUUAGUCAGGACUGCGAAGUCUCCAGAUAAUACCGGUGUUCCUAUUUUAGUCCUGGCUAAUAAACAGGACCUUCCUGGUGCGAGAGAACCCAAAGAAUUGGAGAAACUGUUGGGACUUCAUGAACUGGGGGCAGGAGGCGGUAGUGCGGGGGGAGGGCAGAACUCGUCUUCGUGUGGGGGCGGAUCCCCGGUUCACAUGUGGCAUGUGCAACCCGCGUGUGCCAUCACGGGAGACGGACUUCACGAGGGCAUGGAAGCGCUAUACGAGAUGAUUCUCAAGAGGCGGAAACUGGCGAAGCAGUGUAAGAACAAGAAGAGGUAGGAGUGUACGCGAGUGCCGUGAGUGCUGUGAGUGUGUUCCAAAUGCGUGAGAAUGCCGCCGACUUGUGAGGGAAUACCAGAUCCACACGAACAGAAACCGUCAUCUUCAGCGCACGCAGACAUGACCAACAUUUGUAUAACAAAACUGAACAUCGCAGAGGUGACUGUGAAGAUCACUGUCUUCGGGGAUGUGACACCGUGUAGUCUGGUAGGUUACUAAUGUUUAUGAGGAACCUGAUACCUCUCUCUUCUGGGUAGAGAAAGCAAGGCGACCAAUCCUCAUUUUCCCUGUAUCAUACACCUUUUUUUUUCGGUCGUUCACCUUACUCUCUUCGAACCUGAGGAUGGAGGCAGAAGAUUCCUUCGAAAUGUUAGUAACUAAUCUGACGCCUCACAGCCCAAAAGACAGUGGCUGUUCCUCCAACUCGCAACUUUGCAGUACUUUACCGACGCAUUUAUGCUUCUCUAUCUCGCACCGCCGAAUACCAGACUUUCUUUGGGGGGGGGUACUGGCGUUUCGGAGGAACCUUACGCAUACAUAGGAGCCACUGCUUCUCCAGAUUCCGCUAGGACGAGCGUUUGCAGCGCGCCUACCUGACACAUGCCUUGAAUUUGAAAACGUGAGCAAGAGAAGCAUAAGCAAGCGGCCACGGUACUGCGAAGGGAUGCGUUUACCAUAUCCAAACUUAGUUACUUUGUUACGUCUGUUACGAACUGAAUGUCUUUAUGAAUAGUUGCGGUUAGUCUGAUGUUAUUUAAUUCUGUGUUAAAAAUAUAUUUAAAUAGUAUGA